CCCUCCCUCCCCCUCUUCGUUCCCUCUCCUCUCUCGCUAUAGAGGGCUCCCACAGCACUUCCCAGUCAGUGUGCUCAGCCUGCCUGCCUGCCUGCCUCUGUGUGUGUGUGUGUGAGCGUGUGUGCGUGCGUCUACUUUGUACUGUGAAGAACACAGCCCAUGUGCUCUGCAUGGACGUUCCUGAUACUCUAUUAAGCUUGAUUUUCGACAAGCAGGCAAGAUGUCCAGCACACCACAUGACCCCUUCUAUUCUUCUCCUUUCGGCCCAUUUUAUAGGAGACAUACACCAUACAUGGUACAGCCAGAGUACCGAAUCUAUGAGAUGAACAAGAGACUGCAGUCUCGUACAGAGGACAGUGACAACCUCUGGUGGGAUGCAUUUGCCACUGAAUUUUUCGAAGAUGAUGCCACAUUAACACUUUCAUUUUGUUUGGAAGAUGGACCAAAGCGAUACACUAUCGGCAGGACCCUCAUCCCCCGUUAUUUUAGCACCGUAUUUGAAGGAGGGGUGACAGACCUGUACUACAUUCUCAAACACUCGAAGGAGUCGUACCACAACUCAUCCAUCACAGUAGACUGUGACCAGUGUGCCAUGGUCACACAGCAUGGGAAGCCCAUGUUUACCAAGGUAUGCACAGAAGGCAGGCUGAUCUUGGAGUUCACCUUUGAUGACCUCAUGAGAAUAAAAACAUGGCACUUUACCAUUAGACAGUACAGGGAGCUGGUUCCCAGAAGCAUACUAGCCAUGCACGCACAAGAUCCUCAGGUCCUGGAUCAGCUGUCCAAAAAUAUCACCAGGAUGGGUCUAACAAACUUCACCCUCAACUACCUCAGGUUGUGUGUAAUACUGGAGCCAAUGCAGGAACUGAUGUCGAGACACAAAACCUACAACCUCAGUCCCCGGGACUGCCUGAAGACCUGUCUGUUUCAGAAGUGGCAGCGGAUGGUGGCACCGCCAGCAGAACCCACAAGGCAACCGACAACCAAAAGGAGAAAACGAAAAAACUCCACGAGCAGCACGUCCAACAGCAGUGCUGGGAACACAACCAACAGCGCCGGCAGCAAGAAGAAGACCACGGCCGCGAGCCUGAGCCUGUCCACUCAGGUACCUGAUGUGAUGGUGGUAGGAGAGCCAACUCUGAUGGGAGGUGAGUUUGGGGACGAGGACGAAAGGCUAAUCACUAGAUUAGAAAACACGCAGUAUGAUGCGGCCAACGGCAUGGACGACGAGGAAGACUUCAACAAUUCACCUGCCCUGGGGAACAACAGCCCGUGGAACAGUAAACCUCCCGCCACGCAAGAGACCAAAUCAGAAAACCCCCCACCCCAGGCUUCCCAGUAAGAUGGGCUACUGGCUCCUGAUUUCGCUGUCCAUAGGCCCCGUGGGGUAGAAUUCCAGUCGCAAAUCUCUACUAUCAGGAGAGAAAAGAGAUGAAAUUUAAAACACACAAGCAAAACGUUUCCAUGCAGACAUCUAUUUCUAAAUAUAAUGACCUGAUUUUCUUUCUUGCAAUUUUUUCCCCUUUUUAAUUGAGAGGAUCGUUCGUUCAAAUGAGCCUCCAUGGCCUCUCUUUGGAGGCCUUCACAAGAAAUAUAGACACUGUCCCUGACGGUAAUUAGAAGCAGCAGAGACUCAUGCACCUCCUGGCACGGUCUUACCUCCCUCAUGUGUUGAACAUCCUGUCCAUGCACCCUACGAAGGCCAUGCUGUCUAAACGUGCUCAGGAUCUCAGUAACAUGCCGACCCCAACUACAGAUGACUUUUUAAUAUUGUAAAAUAUUUUCUGCUUUUUGACUUGCAUUUGAGAGUUUCUUGUUUCAGUAAAAAAGAAAGAAAAAGAAAAAGAAAAGAAAAGAAAAAUAUCAGUUUGGGGAAAGUAACUUAAAGGUACUUCCCCCAACCCCUCCACUCUCCACUGGUUUUCCAUGUGGCAAGAUCUUUAAGAAAACACUGCUAGGUGACUUUCUGACAAGCUGCACCUAAUUGGUUCUUGAAUCUGAAUUGUUUCAAUUUAGGCCAAGUACUGAAACAAGGAAUCAUCAAAGAUAUAUGGGUAGAUUUUAUUAUGUACACAAAGACAAAUGGACCCUGAGAAAUGUAUGCAUUUGUAAACUUGCUGUGGGUCCAAAUAUUUUCAAGCCAUGUAAUCCAUUAAUUUUGUGGGAAGCUUAAUAAAUCUGAAACAUUUUAUUUCUUCUUAUUUUAAUUGUAUCUUAGUUGACUGAGUUUUGGUGGGUUUUUUUUUUUUAAUGCUAUAUUUCCUGUGUAAAAUUUUGUAAAUCCUUCACCUGUUUCUUUCAUGGGGACUGUUUCUUUUGGGGCAAGUUCAGCGUAUUUAUGUGAAACUUUAUAAGAGAACUAAUUUUCCAUUUGCAUAUUAAUAUGUUCCUCUAUACAUGUAAGACACAGUGGCUCCGUGUGUCAUAAAACAGCUGUAUUUUAUGUAUGCUUUACUGGUUAAGUGUGCCAAUAAUAAACUGUGUUAAUGACCAAAGUAA